AUGGUAUCAUUGCAUGAGAAAGCCCAGUGUACGUUAUGGUACCACGAAACAAAAUCACCUGUUGCAGUUGAACGUAAAUUCAGAAAUGAGUAUCGACGAGAUCCACCAGAUGUUAAAAGCAUUAAAGACUGGUAUAAAAAGUUCACAGAGCCUGGAAGUGUCGAAGACCUUAAGAGGAGCGGUAGACCCAGUAGUAAUGUUAAAAUUACACAGAAUGUUGGUAGUGAUAGUAAGAAGAAACACCCCGACCACAAUAAGAAAAUACCUUCUCAUGGUAAUGCUGCGCAGAAACAAACACAGCCUCUCACCGACUUCUUCAAAGGCUUUAACCACAGCCCUAAAAGAACGAGAUGGGCUAUGACCAUUCAGGACUUCAGCACAAAAAUAGGAUAUCUACCUGGGAAAGCAAAUAUCAUCGCUGAUGCGUCAUCACAGAACCCAGCACCAACACAUGGAAUUCCUCACACAAUUAUCUCCAACUUCGGCGGAGAAUUCAACAAUCUCUUUCUUAAUUCCUUGUGUAUAUUGUUAGGCAUAAAGAAAAUCAAUACUAUGAUUUAUCAUCCUGAAUCCAAUGGUUUGGUAGAACGUGAGAAUCGUAAGAUGCUAGACAUCCUACGGGUUACCCUAGGGGGUAUGGAUCUAAAUUGGGACAUAGCCAUCAUCCCUGCUGUAUCAAGCACACUCAAUCACAGUUAUCACCACUCUACCGAAAUGUCGCCUCACGAAGCAAUCUACUGCGUGCCCGCUAGGACACCUUUUCAUAUCUUCACACCUACAACCGAUUUGUCAGAUCCUCUCAAGGACAUAGUGUAUACCAGUGUAAACAGGUUUAAUACACUUCGUAGGUAUCUUCAAGAAGCUCAAAUCAUCAUGAAGAAUACACACGACAAAAACACAAAACAAACAAAGCCCUGUGCAGCUCCAACAUGA